AUUUGAUUGAUGGUAAAGGUUAUUGGACUUACGGUUCCAAGAAAAUCAGCAGCCUUGAUGUACAAAUUGAUUCUGGACUAAGAAAGACAAGGAGAAAAUCCUUGUUUUCUUACCCUGGCACACUCAUUUUUCUGGAAUUUUCUAUUCAUAGACACUUCUUUAAUCAACACCCUCCCUUUUAAAUUCUAUCCCUUUACAGAUAUUAUAAUAUUAAUCUCUCUCUCUCUCUCUCUCUCUCUCUCUCUCUCUCUCUCUCUUAUAAUUCUUCUUUUACAUUGUAGAGAGAGAAAGCUACAUCAUCAAGCUCAAAGAAAACACAAGAUUCAAAAAAGAAUUUAAAAAAAAAAAAAAUUGAAGAACAUGGGGAGAGCUCCUUGCUGUGACAAAGCCAACGUGAAGAAAGGACCAUGGUCUCCUGAAGAAGAUGCUAAGCUCAAGUCAUAUAUUGAACAGCAUGGUACCGGCGGUAACUGGAUUGCUUUGCCCCAGAAGAUCGGCCUUAAGAGAUGUGGGAAAAGCUGUCGCCUUAGAUGGUUAAACUAUCUUCGCCCUAAUAUUAAGCAUGGAGGUUUCUCCGAAGAAGAAGAUAACAUAAUUUGCAGCCUCUAUAUCAGUAUUGGAAGCAGGUGGUCUAUAAUUGCAGCACAAUUACCAGGGAGAACUGACAAUGAUAUAAAGAACUACUGGAACACAAGGCUUAAGAAGAAGCUUCUUGGUAAACAGCGUAAGGAUCAACAGGCUCGGAAAGGAAGUAAGCAAAAAGGGACGGCCGGAUCAAACUCCAUGGUUUCCGAUAAUAAUAAUAUUAUUAAUAACAGCCCAAACCCUUACUGGCCAGAGCUGCCUUUGCUAGCAUCAGCAGUCCAAUAUUCAAACCAAGAACCAUCCUUCAAUGACCAUGCAUCUCUCAGAAAGUUGCUUAUCAAGCUCGGAGGAAGAUUUUCUCAUCAACCAAUCAGCCAUGAUGAUGGAACAAUAUCCAGUUGUGAUCAACUAUUCCCAAUUGAGAGUAUCUCUUCCUCUAAACAAGUUUAUGAGAAGGACUCCGCGGCCAGUAAUAUUCCAUCUAUUAUAUCUUCAGGUCCUACGGUCUUAGCGAGCAACACUACCAGCAGUACUCAAUUUGCACCGCUACUUGAUCAUCCGUACAAUACAUAUGCUGAGAUGUUGCAAGGAGAUAAUAACAGUAGUAGUUGUUAUUCGGCUGAGCUUGAGGAAAUGGUAAUGUACAACAACCCUCAGAGGACAUUAGAUGGGCUGGAGUUCUUGUAUGGGGAUGAAGCUACUUUAAUGCAUAAUGUUGAUAGAAAUGGAGGAACUUGGGGUGAGAUGGGUUCCUUGGUUUAUCAACCUGUAGCUAACUCAGACUAUGAAGGUUUACAGCAAGAGAUAAUGCCACAAGAAUCACUUUUCAAUGAGUUGAGUUAUCAGAGGUCGCACUAAAGAUUCUGUGUACAUGGUAAUGUAGAUCUGUAGCUAGAAAGGGAAGGAAAGUUUAUGAAUUUUCUUUUGGAAGAUCAAACCCUAACGAUUAUUAUUAUUCAACUCAUUCAGUAGUACUACUAUUUGCCUUUUUUAAUUCCAUGCUUAUGCUCCACCGAUUGUGACUAAUGUAUAAUAAUUUAUGAUCAAAAUUGUUUGUGUGUAAAA